UGUGGUGCAAGGAUGCCCGAGGCACUCAAAUCAACCAACCUGAGAAAACAUGUGGCUACAAUGAGUCAGAUAAUGAACCUCAAAGAAAAUGAGUUAGACCAACUUGCUAAAUUUAUGGGACAUGAUAUCCGUGUUCAUCGUGAAUACUACCGGCUAACAGAGAACACACUUCAGCUUGCAAAAAUCAGCAAGCUGCUCAUGGCUAUAGAACUUGGAACUGACGUCUACAAAGGCAACUCUCUUGAUGAGAUUGAUUUAAGCUUAGAGAUGGAACCUGGGCAGGAGUCACAAGUCAGUGGAAGUGAGGCUCAAGACUCGGAAGCUACCAGGAAGCAGAUGCUGGAUGAGUCUCUGCUGAACUUCAUUGUCAAGGACUGCCAGCCCCUCAGCAUUGUGGAGAGUGAAGGGUUCAGGGAACUGGUGCAGGUCCUUGAGCAAUCAUAUGUUUUGCCUACCAGAAAGACCAUCAAAAAAAUGCUGGUGAAAAAAUAUGAGGAACGGGAACGAGUGAAAUUGGAAGUACAGCAAGCUGUGGCAUCCCUAUAUUCUAGAUUCAUGUCAUCCAUCUGUGAGGAAAUAGAAGUCAUCAUCCUCAAGACUUUACCCAACCUGUCUGCGGAUAUUGUACAACUGGUCAUCUCAACACUGAAAAGCUCAGGUGUGGAAUCAAAAGCAGACCUCAAGUAUGUAGAGCAGGAUGAGAUCAAAGACCUCUUGCCUGUUAUCCAGCAAAGGAAACUUCUGGAGGCAUUCAAAAUGGAAACUACAACAGUCGUGCUUGAUCUCCACCACUCGCCAGACGACUUGGCACAUCAAAAGUCUGCAGACGGAAGUCUGUCUUUGCUCUCCAGUCCAUUGCCUUGCUCCUCUUCAUCUUCAAUGGCUGGCUUUUCGCCCUGGUCAAGCUCUUCACCAGCUUCAUCACCUUGUUCUCAGAGUGGAGUAAGCCAGCCCGCCAUAAUAUUCAGUAAAUGGCAUGAAACCUUUCAAGUCCCAUGGGAUGAAAUGCCUGCUGAAGUGCAGUCAGCUAUCGCCAACAGCAGGAGACCUGCUCCUGACAAGCGAUGCCAAAUGAUUAGAAUCCUUGUGGAUGAAAUGAGAAGGUAUGAGGCUAAUCCAACGCGCAGUGAGUGUCUCGUAAUCUGCCAAAAAAUUGUCAAGCAGUACCCAUGUAGUUUUGCGGAUAUGACACCAGAAGGUGCCAUCAUUAGUGGAGGUUUUACUUCAUUCCUCAUUCAAAUGAAAACACGCAUUGAGAACAUCAAUCGUGAAGGAACAACCAAACCACUCAGAACAAAAAGAUGGUUUGGACAAAUGCGUAGGCCAAGUGAUUAUUAUGGAUGCCCACACUUUCAGCCAGAACUUCCACCUGAAGAAACCAGUGACACAGUGGAACAGAAGCGGCAACAAUUAUGUGAAAUAUACAAGCGUGAAGGUGUUCACGGAGGUGAAAGGGCAGAAGUAGUCAACCUUAUGAAAGCAACGUUCUGUCUUCAGCGUAACCAAAUCAAUACAACCCCAGUACCUUCACUUGAUGAUUUAAGAAACCAGUGGCCUUUCCUUUUCACCCAAAGGGGUAUCUUGGAUCACCUUGAGUUAUUAACUGACAUCAGCUUUUUGCGUGCCUUGGAGCUAUCCAUUGAAGAAUGUGGACAAAGAGUAGAGAUGUAUUUGAGAACAAAAGCUAAGAACCAGUCUACCCUUCCUGUGGAUGAAGAUGGGGAGUUGACUCUUCGUAUCAUCCAGCUGUUGAUGGCCUAUUUUGAUGAAAGAAGAGAUGCACUGAUACUCCUUGCAGAUAUGUCUGCCACUGCAGCCGAUGUGGAGCGGACACUGACCCUCCCGACCAGUCCACGACUGAUACUGCUGGUUGCUGGUGACAAAGUCACAAUACAACGUUGGAUGAUCAGCAUGGAAGGUGAUGUCAUCUGCGAAGGCGUCCAACCUAGCUUCAUCUCAGGGCUUGCUGCCCUUCUUGCCACGUACUAUGUGUUCAACUUGGAAUACCAAGAGGAAGGUGCUCGGACAUUGGAAUUUGUUCAAAGGCGAUUCAUUGGCGUUAACCCUGAGAGGGGAACAAAGGCUAGCCAGGGAAAGGUGGUGUCCAAGAAGACCGGGAAGCUGGUCCAGCAACUGUAA